UUCACAUCAUAUCCAAAUUUCGUGACUGCAGUUACGCACAAUAUAGAGAACGAACCUCAUCAGGAUGAUGUCCUACCAAAACACAGAUUUAUCAAAAACAAGAGCGUAUUAAUGACGGAGGAAUUUGCGCAAUGACAUAAUUACACGCUCCCCAGCCUAUCCAAUGAGUCGCGGCAGCGGAGUGAGUGACUCGUGAGUCUAUUCGCAGCUGCUCCGUCGCUUCCACGAUCCACUCCAGUCCGGAUUUGGCAAGGAAAGGAACAGCUGCUGUAACGUUUUAGCAAUUUCAGGAGAGAAGGAGCAGCGGUGAGACAUGCGGGGUGUAGAGGAGUCGCUCCAGCAGCAGCGGAGACCGGACGAGCAGCAGCGGCGGCAGUAGAGGAUCAUGGCCGAGGACUAUUGGGAGCGCUCGGCGGCUUUGGGAUAUUAUUACUGCUGUUAAGAUUACACGACAACACACACUCACUCACACAAGCACACACGGAUCUCAACUCCACGGGGCGGUUGAACAGUGGCAGCCCCUCCACCUCCCUCAUCUCGGCCCCCCGCACCCCCACUGAUGGACCGCAUGAGGAAGAUCAAGCGGCAGCUGUCCCUGACGCUGCGAGGGGGUAACAGCGGGGACAAGACCUUGAGCGAGACCAUCAGCUCUCAGGACACAGGAGCACAUAGCGAUUCCGAGGCCAUGCCAGUUGGCGGCAGUGGUGGUCUGCGGGGUUCAGUGAGAGGUUCGGGGGGUUCCUUCAGCAUGCACUCCCUCCUGCAGUCCUACAGCAGCGCCCUGCGCAGACCACGCACCCUGGGCCGCAGUCUCAGCUCCUAUCUCAACCACACCACGCGCCUCGAAAUCGUCCACGAGGAUGUAAAAAUGGGUUCGGAUGGCGAAAGCGAUCAGGCUUCGGCCACGUCCUCCGAUGAGGUGCACAGCCCCGUCCGAGUUCGUCUGAGAAACAACCCCGGUCGCAAAAUUUCCACAGAGGACAUAAACAAACGUCUGUCUCUGCCUGCCGAUAUCAGGCUUCCUGAUGGCUACCUGGAGAAAUUCAGCCUCAACAGCCCCCUGUUUGACAAACCGCUCAGCCGGAGAUUACGCAGAGUAUCGCUGUCUGAGAUCGGAUUUGGGAAGUUGGAGACGUAUGUGAAACUGGAUAAACUAGGAGAGGGCACCUACGCUACAGUAUAUAAGGGUCGCAGUAAGUUGACGGAUAACCUGGUGGCUCUGAAGGAGAUCCGCUUGGAGCACGAGGAGGGAGCUCCGUGCACUGCUAUUAGAGAAGUGUCUCUGUUGAAGGACCUGAAGCACGCCAAUAUUGUGACUCUUCAUGACAUCAUCCACACUCAGAAGUCUCUUACGCUCGUGUUCGAGUACUUGGAUAAAGACCUGAAACAGUACCUGGAUGACUGUGGAAACUGCAUUCAUAUGCACAAUGUCAAGCUGUUCCUGUUUCAGCUGUUGCGUGGUCUGAACUACUGUCACAGACGCAAAGUCCUUCACCGAGACCUCAAGCCCCAAAAUCUCCUGAUCAACGACCGCGGGGAGCUAAAGCUGGCUGACUUUGGUCUGGCACGAGCAAAGUCGAUUCCCACCAAGACCUACUCCAAUGAGGUGGUGACGCUCUGGUACCGCCCCCCUGACAUCCUAUUGGGCAGCACAGACUAUUCCACUCAGAUUGACAUGUGGGGUGUUGGCUGUAUCUUCUACGAGAUGUCUACAGGUCGACCCUUGUUCCCGGGCUCCACGGUGGAGGAGGAGCUGCACUUUAUCUUCAAACUGCUCGGUACGCCCACAGAGGAGACCUGGCCCGGAAUAACCUCUAACGAGGAAUUCAUCUCCUAUAACUACCCCCGUUACCGCGCCGACUGUCUCCACAACCACACUCCGCGAUUGGACAAUGACGGAGUCGAACUUCUGUCGAAACUGCUGCAGUUUGAGGGGAAGAAGCGGAUUGCAGCAGAGGAAGCCAUGAGACACCCAUACUUCCACUGCCUGGGAGAGAGAAUUCUCACACUGCCAGACACUACAUCAAUAUUUGCACUUCAAGAAGUUCAGCUGGAGAAGGAGCCCGGAAUGAGGACGAAUUCCCUGUCAGAAUCAGUCAACAGCAUAUCUCAACGGCAGAGUCUGCUCUUCUGAGGGCGUGCGGUCCGGCUCGGGACGGGGAAGGACGGAAGAGGACGCGUCGAGACGCUUCCUGACGCGACGACGAAGGGAUAUCUGUUUUUCGUUUCUCCGUCUGAGUCCUGUGGCAUUAUGUGUUAGAAGGGGUCACUGUAGUUGUUUACAUGGAGAGGCUGAGGAUGUUGAUUUGUGUAUUGUUUUCUUUGUUUCGAAUAAUGCACUUCCCCUUCCCUGUUCGCAUUACAAACACGUUCUUCCUGUUUUGCCGCGGUCGCGUCAGUCCAGCCGCCGUAAUCAACCGAUCAGACGCGGAAUGUUAUGGGAUGACGGGACCCUUCAUCCUUUGACUGAAACCAGUCGACCUGUUUUCUUUGCAAUACUUCUCAAUUGUAAUGUAAAAAGGAAGGCCAGUUUAUGAAGGAGCGUGUCAUGCUGUUAAUAUCCAGAAGCCAAGUCACUCUAGUCUUCCAGAAAAUAGUCCCCUUCAUUAGUCUCAUCAGCCCUCCCAUCCAAAGACGAAGGUUUAGUACUAUGCCAACACAACGGUUCAUCAUAAUCAACCUGUUAUUUGUAUUCAUAAGGACAUUGACGACAUGCUGUACUUUUGUUUUUGUUUGCAAAAGCAUUUCACUUUUACGUUGUUGUUUACAUGUUUUUUUUGCCAUGCAAUACAGUUUGAUAAUCUAGAAAAAAACGGUUUCACCAAAGACCCCCCUAUGCCGUCUCUCUGUCCCUUUUGCUUUGACUCAUGAGCUUCCGUGUUCAGGUGGACCCUCGUUCAGCUACACUGUGUCAAGGACGAAUUAUUUGUGCAAAGCAACUUGAGCAAAGCCUCCGAUAAUCUGGACGCAGCCUUGUUGACAAUUCUUCCAUUACUGCAGCUCUUACGGCUGUCACUCCGGUUGAAAACCGAGCCGAUUUCUGUGUCGGUUCAGUCGGGGGCGAUGAGAACUCAUAAUGGGAUGCCCGGGCGCAUGCGGAGAACCGGUCGACUUUUAUAGGGCUCAGGUUUCUGUCACUCUGCAGAACAGCUGAGUGCAGCGGAUAAUGUUCUGCGUCUCGGCCCGGUUGUUCAUACUCCGCAGGUUUUGGAGCGCGUUGGUGUUGAUUCGAAACGCUACCGUCCCCUGGCGUGUACGAUUCAGGGCCUCUCUGCACAACGUCCCACAAAUGUGAUAUUUGGGUGAAUCUCUGGAGAAGAAAAAGCUGAGGUGAUAUUUUAUCCUGAAACUAAGAAUAAUAAUGCAUUUUAUUUUUUAAUAACAUAUUUUUAGCCUUUUUUUGUUGCAUUGUGACAUUUUCCUGACAUUUUAUUAAUAAAACAAAAAUUAAAAUUGUAUACAAUUUUUGUAAAUUGAUAAAAUACAGUGUAUUUAAUAUAUUGUAUUUUUUAAAAGCAUAUAUGCAUGGUAAUAUUUGUUAUACUGAUUUAGCUGAUGUAAAUCGUUCUUGUGAUACAGCAUAAUUUACUGUAUUAUGAGAAAUGCAAAAACUCAUUACAGUAGUGGAGGAAAAUCAGCUUAAUUUUUAAAUAAUAAUGAUUAAAAAAUCUAAAAUAUAAAUAAAUAAAAUAAUGUCACAAUGCAAAAGAAAAAUAGCUUAAAAAAUAUUUUUGUAUUUUAUGCACCACCAGUCAAAAGUUUUUAAAUAGUAAACUUUUUAAUGUUUUUAUUUAAAGUCUCUUCUGCUCACCAAGUCUGCAUUUAUUUGAUCCAAAGUAUAGCAAAGACUGUAAAAUUUUGAAAUAUUUUUAUUAUUUAAAAUAGCUGCUUUCUACUCAAAUGUAUUUUAAAAUGUAAUUUAUUCCUGUGAUUUCAAAGCUGAUUUUUUUUAGCAUCAUUACUCCAAUCACAUGAUCCUUCGGAAAUCAUUCUAAUAUUCUGAUUUGCUGCUCAAAAACAUAAAUUAUUAUUAUUAUGUCGAAAACAGCUGAGUAGAAUUUUUUCAGGUUUCUUUGGUGAAUAGAAAGUUCAGAAGAACAGCAUUUAUCUGAAAUAUAAAUCUUUUGUAACAUUAUAAAUGUCUUUAUCAUCACUUUUGAUCAAUUUAAAGCACCUUGCUAAUUAAAAGUAUUAAUUUAUAUAAUUUUCUUCUAUAAAAAUUAUACUGACUUAAAGCAUUUGAAUAGUAUAAUAUUACAAAAGCUUAUUAUUUCAGAUAAAAGCUGAUCUUUGGAUCUUUCUAUUCAUCAAAGAAUCCUGAAAAAAUGUACUUAGCUGUUUUAAAUAUUGAUAAUAAUAAAAAAAAAAUGUUUUUGAGCAGCAAAUCAGAAUAUUAGAAUGAUUUCUGAAGGAGUAAUGAUGCUAAAAAUUUCAGCUUUGAAAUCACAGGAAUAAAUUACAUUUUAAAACAUUCAAAUAGAAAGCAGUGAUUUUAAAUAGUAAAAAUAUUUCAAAAUGUUACUGUUUUUGCUGUAUCAAAUAAAUGCAGGCUUGGUGAGCAGAAGAGACAUCUUUAAACGAACAUUAAAAAAGUUUUGACUGGUAGUGUAUAAUUUGUCUCUUUGUUUCAGGGUGAAAUGUGACCUAGAUAUAUUUUUUGCAAGAUUCACCCCAUUAGAGCUGAAUGCAGAGGCGAGUAAGACUUGUUCUCAGUUUCCAUCGCUGUUACAAGAUGGAUGAUAUUUUAGUAAAUGUCUAAUUUUUUAAAUUACUUCAAGCAAUCCCAAAACGUUUGGUCUGGUGAUCGAUUGUGACUUCCCUUCCUCCCUGUUGGAGAUGACCUGUGAAUACCUGCGUGUGUGUGUGUGUGUGUGUGUGUGUGUGAGCGAGAGAGACAGAGACGCUCUCGACGAGGGGAAUGCGGACUUGCAUGGCAGUGUUGUAUAGUUGAAGACUGUGGUACUUUGUAAAUAGCCUUAGAAUGUUUUUGCAGAUCAGAAGCGUGGAGAGUGCAAUGAGAAGAUCCUCCUAACAAUGUAUAAUUUUUAAAGCAAAGAAGAAUAUGGUUUUUGUUAUACUUAUCAUUGUUCAUUGUGUUCUUUUUUUUCUUUUUUAAUAAGUGGUAACCAGACGUUACUACCAUAGGAGACUCAUGCGGUGUAGAUAUUUGGUUUUGAUGUUUGUUAGAUCACAAGGAUGAAAACGGCUCAUGUAAUUUAAAGCUUUCAUCUGGAACGAGGAUGGGUUCGCGCGAAAGGGCUCCAGCGGUCGUGAGGAAGCCAACCGUUCGUUACUGCGCAAUAAUCGCUCAUUUACGCAAUAACUUUUCUUGAUUUGAAACGGAUUCGGUUCUGAUUUUAGCAUGCAAAUAAUGCUAGAAAGUGUCAUGCAAAAACUCCAAUUGUAUUGCCCAUUUAUGUGGAAUUUAAUAAGUGAGGUUUUGAUAUGAUUACAGGUGAAAUGCUUUUAUAUGAGCAAGUUCAUACAGUUUUCAGUACGUUUCUUUUCUACAACUUGGCCUUUUUGAACGGGCAUUUUAUGCUAAAGAAAACUUGAUCAUCGAUCACUACAGUAUUAUUUCUUUUGCUUGUUGAAUUUUGCGAAAGAGCCCAAAGUUUCAGGAUUUUCAGCCAUUUGAACUGCUCUUCUCCGGUUGGCGUUUGUCCCUACGUGAAGGCGAGAAUAGAGCGAUGCGGUCUGCUGUUAUAUAAAGAUGUUCAAAGCGGUUUAGACACAUUAAGCAAUACUCACUGUUAAUGUGCAUUUCACAUCUCAUGGAUAUCUAAUGCAGGAAAUCCUCUCAGAUGGCCAUAGUAUAUUUUCUGAUCAGCCGUAAGUAAAUAAUUAUGCACACGUGAGUGGUCACUUGUUCUGUUUGCGUCUGGGGAUGUUAACCACCAAUAACAAUUGUAAAAUGUUUGAUGCAAUGUUGAAAAUCCCUUCUCCUGUUCCUUUUUUAAUCUUUGAGUUCUUGCAAUAGUCAAUCUUUUCACCCGAGAAUAUGUGGAUCGGAAGUGUGUUGACAUGGAAGUUUUACAAUACACUAAUAUGGCUGACUGUUACUUCCUGUUGCUUGUAUGAAUGCUGAAAUCGUUUCCAAACGACUUGAUCCAUCUUUGUUAAUUCUGAAGCAGGAAGUGGACUCAUUGGCACCAACGAGCUGUAACACAUUCAGGUGGAGCAGAACAAAUGUGAAUAAUAUUUGCUGGCAAUAUAAUCAAUGUCCCAAACUUGAAUUUUGUUUUUUUUUUUUUUUAUUAUUUUUCAAUUUGUCAUUUGGGUAACUCGUAUUUAAAGUAAUAAUAUUCUAUAUUUAUACGUUUGCAUGUUCAUUGCGUAUUCAAAAUAAUUCCCAAUAUCCCGGUCACUACAGUAACCUGAAAAGAUUUGAUCAUUUUGACUGCACUACAUUAAUGACACUACAAGAAGUGUUUUUGUCAGCUUGUGGUUUUAUUUUAAAAUAACCAGAAAACUGGAAACAAACUAGAAAAUCUAAAUUCAUAGUUGGACUAAUGUUGAUUUAGGUUUAUGCAGGAGGUUUAUGUACUCAGACUAGUGCUGUCAAACGAUUAAUUGCAUCCAAAAUAAGUUUUUGUUCACAUAUGAGUGCUGGAUAUAUUUAUCAUGUACAUAUACACUGUAAAAAAAAAAAAAAGUUGUAUAACUUAAUAUAGUUUGUUACCCUGCUGACUUAAAAUCUGUAGUUUAGUCAACUUGAAAUUUUAAGUUACUUAAUGUUCAUUUAGGUGACAACUGCAAUAUUUUAGUUGACUGAACUAAAAAUGUUAAGUUUAGUCAAAUUUUAUAUACACACACAUACAUGUAUGUAUUUAAGAAAAAUGUUAUGUUUACAUAUUAAAUAUAUUUAUUUAUUAAUAUAAAUUAUAUGCAUGUAAACAUUUUCAAAAUAUAUAGUGUAUGUGUGUUUCUAUAUAUACAUAUACUAGGGAUGUCACAAUACUCAAUAUAAUAUUGAACCGUUCUGUAUGACAUCCACGGUUCAAUACACGCUUGUGAAUUGCAGUUUUGGAAAUGGAAAUGAGGAAACACUUCCAUGCUUAUAUUUGAAAAAGCAACAAAUGCAGAGCAUCUUCUAAUGACAUGCAAUGAUAAACCUGUUGUCCAACAAAAGAGUCAUAAAAAGUUAUAAAAAACAUUAUAACUUGUUUUUAAUUCACAACAUCAGUCAAGUGUUUGAAAUAACUUCCUUAUGUGAUCUGAUGUGGAUUCUCAUCACAGAAUGAGGCAGACAAUAAAUUCUAUGCUCAUAUUCUAUGUAUGUCGAUUAGCAAUGGCUUAUGAAAAUACAUGAGAUGGCUUGAAGAACACAGAUAAACCAUAUUAUUGCAGACUAUUUAUUCAGUUACAGUAAUAGUGAUGCUUUUAUCCAUAUUAGAGAAGCUGGAACGGAACGUCAUCAGCGCUACGUCUUUGACGCAUAUGUGGAUUUUCUGCACGAGGGCGCCCUCUGGCAUCCAGUAUGAAUGAAACCCAUUCUAUUUUGCGUCAAAAUCCAAAAAAUAAUACUUUUCUCAUAAGAAAAAUGAAGCAGACAUAUACUAAACCACGCUUUUUUCAAGUGUACAGAGGUUUACAGAGUAUUUUGUUAAUUUGUUGCCCAAAAAAACCCACACUGAAGUGGCAAGAUAUCAGAACCGAACUGAAAACCGUGGUUAAAAGCUGAGGUAUGUAUUGAACCGUGGACUAACUGUAUUGUUGCAUCCCUAACAUAUACAUAUAUACAGUACACACAGAUAUAUUGAGUAAACAAACUUUUAUUUUGGAUGCGAUUAAUCGUUUGACAUUGCUGAAUGAGUCUGUUAACUCACGAUUUAUGUGCAAAUCCAGUGUGGAGUAACACUGAAAUGUCUCUUUUGGAAAAAAAAAAAAAAAUAUAUAUAUAUAUAUAUAUAUAUAUAUAUAUAUAUAUAUAUAUAUAGCUUUGGUAUGAAAAUUUGUCAAUAUAUUCGGCACAAAUGCACUGUAAAAAUUUGUUGAUUCAACUUAAAAAAUAAUUUGUUACCCAGCUGCCUUAAAAUGUUUAAGUUUAGUCAACUUAAAGUAACAACUUAGAUAUUGGAGUUGAUUCAGCUUAAAUUUUAAGGCAGCUGGGUAACAAACUCAGCUUUUAAGUUUAACAAACCAAAUUUUUGUUUAGUCAACUCAAAUAUCUAAAUUGUCACUUUUAGUACAUUUUAAGUUCAGUCAAAUCAAAUAAGUUGAAAUGUUAAGGUAGUAAAGAAACAAAUUAUUUUAAGUUGACUCAACAAUUUUAUAUAUUUUUUUUUAAUCCAAUAUGAAAUAUGACCCAUCAGUAUUAACAUUUACAUAUAAAAUACAACCUUUGAGGAAGGUUUAUAUUCUUAACAGCGAAAUAUAUAAAUAAUACACACACACACACACGGCUCACAGUGACCACAGUUUGACACCCGAAUGACGCUCAAGAGACAGAAGAACUGCUUUUAGUUUCAUAUUAUUAUUUCUAAUCCAUAAUGUCCAUCUGUUAUGCACAAUAUUUUUGUGACCUUUUUAGCAGCUAUAUAUUUCCAAUGAGGAUUUCAGACUUGAUAUGUGUUCCUUGAUAUAAAUCAACGCAGUUCUUUUUCAAGAUUUCUGAGAAGUAAAUAUGCGCCUCAACUUGUAUAAUACAGCAGCUUGGUUUGUCGACUGCUUUUCCGCUUUUGCUAUUGGUCAAUGCCAAAGUUAUCCGAAGCCUUGCAUGGGUUGGUGUUUAAUUUUUCCGAGGAAUGUUAUAAUGCUGACACCCUGCUUUGUGUUUCUUACUGAGCCAGUUUUACUGCAGAGAAUUACUGUUAUGAUAAAAAAAAAAUAAAAAAUCCUUCAUACUUAUAACCCCAGUGUUCCCACACACAUCUUCAAA